GUAAACAGCUGAUUUUUCAGUCAUUGUUUUCCAUGUUGCUGUGUUUUGCAAUUGACAAUUCAUCUAAUUUUAUAUUACACUUAUUUAAGGUGUUGAAUAACGAAGAUAUUUAACUUAGUUACUGUCAGAAAAUGGGUGAUUCAAGUUCUUCUGAAAGUCUGGCUAUUGUGAUUAAAUGGGCUAAACAAGAGAUUUCAUUGGAACAGGAGUGUUUACAACCUGAUGAUACAGUUGAACAUCUAAAGAAUGUGAUAUACCAUAAAACUGGGGUCCAACCAUCUAGGCAAAAGUUAUUUGGAUUAAAGUAUAAGGGCAAACCAGCUGAAGACGAUGUUAAAUUAGGUGAACUUAAUUUGAAACCUGGCACCAAAUUAAUGAUGAUUGGAAGUACUGAAGAUGCUAUACAAGAUGUUGCCUCAUGUGUUCCAAAUAAUGAGGUUAUUAACGACCUGGACAUACCUGAAGAAUGUAUUAUCCCUGUUAGCCAAAGGCAAGAGUUUUUGGCAAAAAUUGAAAAACGAGUUAGAGAGUACAAAAUAACUGUAUUCAAUCCAUCUCGUGAAGGAAAAAAAUUACUCGUUUUAGAUAUUGAUUACACUUUAUAUGAUCAUCGAUCCACUGCAGAACAUGUUUCACAAUUGAUGCGUCCAUAUUUACAUGAGUUUCUAACAUCAGCUUAUGAAGACUAUGAUAUCGUUAUCUGGUCUGCAACCUCAAUGAAAUGGAUCGAAAUCAAAAUGAGAGAAAUGGGUGUUCAUCCUAAUCCAAAUUUCAAAAUAAUGUUCUUCCUCGAUUCAGGUGCUAUGAUUAACAUUGUCUCACCUGAUUAUGGACUUCUUAAUGUCAAACCUUUAGGAGUGAUCUGGGGAAAAUUUCCACAAUAUAAUUCAAAGAAUACAAUAAUGUUUGAUGACAUUCGACGAAAUUUCUUAAUGAAUCCUCAGAAUGGACUACACAUUGCACCUUUCAAGGAAGCAUACAAAAAUCGUCAUAAAGAUAAAGAACUUUUAUAUUUAUCUCGUUACCUUAAACAUAUUGCAAAAUUGAAAGAUUUAUCAUCACUUAAUCAUAAACAUUGGUAUCGAAAAGUUCCAAGGGAUUGAAAACCGGGCCCAUCAAAUGUUGUGAAUGUUCGUUCUAUGGAAUGGAGAUACCAAAGAGGAACAUUUCAACAAGAUUUUCCAACUUAAAUGAAUGAUCUGCCACAAAGUAAUGAUUUCAAUGCUAUUGUCUAUGCUGUUUUUAUGAAAAAUUUAUUUACUCAAAAUUGCUUUACCGUGAAAAAAGUCCAAUCUUAUUCGAAGAAAUGAACAAUAAAUCGAUAAGAUCAUAAAAUCAUA